ACAUGACGUAGUGUUGUGAUUGUGUCAGUCUGAGGCUUGUAUGAUUUUCAAACCUUCUUUUAAGAUUAUGUACAGCUUUAUGCAUUAAAAAUAAUAGCGUCCCGUAUUAAAGGAAAAAUGUAGAACUAAAAAUUCUUUCUGUUCAUCAAUGAUCUAUUCUGGAGGAGGUUUCCACGGUUGCUAAGCAACCAAACUACGCUUCAGCGUGCUCCAGACGGCUGCUGUGUGGACUACAUUAUUAAUGGAGCUACAGACAUGAAACCUGUCCAACAAACCAUAUGUCAAGCAGGGAAAAAAGGAGAAUACUCCAGCUAGUUUAUUGAUAACUCCACGAGCUCAUCGAUCAUCGGAUCAGUUCGCUGGAGGAGACGUCAUAAACUUACCCCUUUAACACAGAUGACAGGAGUGUGUUUGUAGCUGCAGAGACCGUGAGACCGUGCACAUGGAUAGAGAUUCAGAAGAAUCAGAAGAGGAUGUUCAAGAAGAGGGCGAAGCCUCUGUUUUAUGGGAGAGAUGUUUUGAGCAGAGCAUCUUUGUAGACCUCAGUGAGGAUGAAAGCAUCCACCUCAGUGAUCUGGACAAUUCUUUGGCUUUGCAUGUGUCCCGAGCAGAGUCUGCACCCUCUGAAAACAGCAUCCAUCUCAGUGGAAGUGCAGAGUUGUCAGCGUUGGAUGACUCCCCAUCGGAGAGCAGUCGAUCUAACAGUAACUGUGAGAAUGUGACUGAGGGUAAAACAGGGAGCAGUAAGUUGCCAAUGUCUCCUCAGAGACCAAACACCUUACAGAAUGAGUUACCCCAAAAGCCUGGGUGUGGGGAAUCAGGAGGAAAUACCAGUGAUGAGGAUCAGGAGGACUUACCGUAUGAUGGUGAUAUUGGAAGCCCGUACUUCAACCAGACAACUAGCUCAGAAGAAAAUUCUGACGGAGGGAACACCGUUCAUGGAAGUCCUGAUCCUCCGGCUCCACUGGAAUCGUUCCACAAAGACGCCAACACAGAUGAAGAAAAAUCCUCUGCAGCUUCUGAGGCAACUUGGGUGGCUAAGCCUUGUUCAGGUCUGACAAACAUCAACCAUUUGCUGCUCCAGCAUUUUUCCCAGGAAGAUUUAUUGGGAUCCGGAAGGCUAAUUGAAGCAGAGACGCUGCCAGAAGUGUCCCUACUGGAGAGCGUGGACGACACCGUUGUCAGCAUCUCAGCCUCAGCAGAAAACUUAAGGAAGCAAACAGAAAGCUUUGAGGAAAGAAGUGAUUCCAAAUCAAACAAUGAAAGCUCAGAGGUAAAGACAGAAAUGGAAAUUGAUCAUCCAACAUCUAAUGCUUCUGCAAGUUCAAACCAGAGCAUUCAGAACGCGAAUGCAGAUCUGUUGGAGCUUGAUGAUAAGAAAGAGGAUGUGCGAAUUCAAACAGUUCCUCUGAUGCGGACCAGAUCUCUUGGCGAGAUUAAAUAUGGUCAAGGCAAGGUUCAUUAUCGUCUUCCUGAUUUUUCCAAAGUGGCUUCUAAAGUAAAAAUCCCCAAAGCUCCAAGUGGUCCAGUGAAGCCUGUCCCUCCCUGCUCUGACAGUGUACACAGAGCCCAGUCUUCUCCUGACAUCUUAGAUGUGAUCAGCAGAGUCCUGGAGGACUUUGUCCAUCCUUCAGAGAAGCCCUACGUCUUCAACGCCAACGACAGACAGACUCCGUCAGUACCGCUGCAUCAUCUGCAGGAUCACUAUGACAAAUUACUAACCGAGUACACAACAGGAGAGAAUCAGAAAGACACAAUCAGGCACGGAACCAAAAACCAGAUGUUGUCGGAAAAUGAGCGAAACAGACUUUAUGUUAAAGACAAAAAGGAGGAGGUUGAGUGUGUUGAAAAUGGUCUUUUUCACGGCUCGACUCCUCAUCUUCCAACAACAGAAAACCUCUGUGAACAAACAGGAGAAAAAACUGAAAACAUCAAGGAGGGGGACUCGCUUUUGUCAAACCAGCAUGAAGAUGUUCAGAGUGACGGCGAGAGAAUGACUGCUGAGCUGAGAGACAUCAUCAGCCAGUUCAUGCAUAAGACGGACGAGUUUAAAUUUAGUGUCACCAACAUGACUGUGAGCACAGAUGAACAGCAAAUGAUUUUGAGGAGCAUGAUGGAGGCUCAGGACCAUCUGGAGCGCAAAUACAUGAGUAAGAAAGAAGAGCACAGAGCUCUGGAGAUGCAGAACUACAUGGGUCUGUCAAGGAACACGGGCACCUUUGACCCAAACAGGCAGCUGGAGGGAGACAUAUUCAGGAUCGGGAUGCACCUCGAGGACAUCAAGGAAAUGAUUGACAAGAAUGUGUACGAGCAGAUUUCUCUACCCCACUCAUCCUCCACCUCCACCCCCAUAACAGCCCAAAUGAAGACUGUUCCAUUUUGCACACCAUCAUCCCCUCCACACCUGCAUCAGGAGGUGAAGGAAUGUUUUCUAAAGGUGAGCUGUGAAACAGACUCACAGGAGGAAGAAGAAGAGCACCAGGAGAUGAAGAACAAAAGGGAGGUCCAUUUAAAUGGGGAAUGGAUCCAAAGCAGUGAGAUCAUUGAUGACCAUGUUGGACUCAACAUCUGCAGUUCACGGGACUUACUGGAGGAACCAGACAUCCAGAGAGACACUGAAAAGCUCAGGGCCUCUGUUUUUCAAGAGGUGAUAGAUGACAGCAACAUCCUUGGAUGCCUGAGUGCACAUUCCCCAGAGUCAAGAGGGAGGCGGUCAGCAGCUAACAGCAGUGAUCUGAGCCCGGUCAGGGAUCAGCGGGACAGUCUGAGUCUGGCAGUGGAGGUCUCUUUUUCCUCUGUUGCUCUCGGAGACUCAGACAACCAUGGCCUCUCAGGACCCUCACCACCCAUCUCAUGUGUUUCACAGAUGCAGAGGAUCAUAAGCCCUGAGACAGACAGUGGAUUUGGUAGCUCCUAUUUGACUCAGUCAGCUUCUGGGGAAUUAAAUCUGCUAACAGGGAGUGAGGUUACGAGUGGCUCAGACAGUGAAGGUUCUGGUUACAACCCUCCAACAGCCAUCCACUACCAGACAAGUGGUCGGAGGGCCACCCCCCACCAAUGUGUCCAAACGCAGCACUGUGGAGCAGAGGAGCUUUGGGGGGAGAGCACUACCAAGGAAUCUUCACUGAAACUGCAAGGUCAUUUCCAGCUACCCCACCACAAAUCUGAGCCUACACCCCGGACCACCAUGGAUCCUGGAGACCGGGGCAGCCCACUGCCAUCCUGCUCAUGCAACAGUGAAGCUAUCCUGGCCUUGCAGUCAGAGGUGUCACGGCUGAAGAAGGACCUUGAGGAGGGCUUGGUCCAGCUGCCACACUUAGCCAAAAAGAUGGACUAUCUCACCUCAAAGUAUGGGCAAGAACAUCAGGAGCACAGAAGUAAAAUCAAGUCCCAUCAAGCAGCAGGGUCAAGCAGAACCUCCAGAAGAACUUUGAGUGAACUCAGCAGCAGUCUGCUGAGGACAGAGGACUGGAUCUCUUCAGACAUGGACCCCAGAAAAAGCACAAGCUCUGUCCGCCCAAACUCCUCCGAUCUCCUGCUGCAAAUGCACGAUUCACCAGGGGGGAGCAAGAGAGCUGAGAGACACGUUUGUUCCACGUCAGAGUUUCAUCUCAGUAAGCACUCCAGAAGAGGGAGGGCGGAAAAUUCAACUUUUCAGAGAGAAGAUGAAUUAUUGUUUCAAGACAAUGAUCAGCAAAGACCUAAAGCAGCCACCAGGAGGUUUGGCUCCAAAGAGAGGUGGUCUUUUCGUUCAGCUUCCACUCUCAAGAAGCCUCUCCUUCAGGUUCACUACGGCUCAACCAGCAGCCUGCCAGCCAGCUAUAAAGUGUGGGAGCCACAGCUUCAGUCUGUGCCUCUUCAUAGAAAGCGCUCCACCCAGUCAGACACUGCACUUCUGCCCAGCAACAUGUUCUUCCAGCAGACAUUGUCUCCGGUGUCACUGUCCUCAAGAGGAACCUCCAAGACAAGCAGAUGCAAAGGAAAAAAGGAGGUGGACAUGAACAGGACACUGGAUCAGGCUAUUGAGGUCGCUCGCAGCAUGAAGAGGACUGCAGACCGGAUGGCUCGACAACUGUCUGCUGACUUAGUCAAGGCUCAGCAGAAUAGGAAACUUCACAACAUGCAGCCACUAGGGGGCAGGACUCACCUGGAAUUCUAACAUGUUCGAGCUGCUGUACCCUGAAAAAUACAUUGUGUACAUAUGUCAUGUGAAACAAUACUUUUAGUGCUUUGUGUUAAAUGUUCUAUUACUAACAUUUUUUAAACACAAACUAUUUUAAAAAAAAAGGUACACAAGAUCAGGGUCCUGCUUUUUUGAAGUUCAAUACCUGAUUGUGAUGCGAUUUCUUUUAAAGAUGCAACAUGUUCUUUAUCUGUAAGUAAUCCAAAAAUUUAUUUAUGUCUCUUUUCCUAUUUACAUCUAUUUAAAAUUAAUAUAUUUGUUGUUGUUUUUCUAACCAGCGUGUAAAACAGUUACUAAAUAAAUAUUUUGUACUGACAAUUGAAA